AUGACAUCUCCUAAUUUUAUUGAAAAUCUUAAUACCACUUAUCAACAAAAAGAGUUUUCGAAAUAUACAAAGAUAAGAAGUGGCAAUUUAUGGUCAAUUUCCAAUGAUAAAACACUUAUUUACGCGAAUUUAAAUAAAACACAGGUUAAUUUCCAAACAGUUCCAGAUAUAACAGGAGUAAUGUUCAUGUUCGUUAGUGGUGAUGGCAAACACUGCGUUAUCAGAGUAAGUACACAAAAAAAUUUCAUUUUAUUAGAUAAUAAUUUAACAAAGAAAAACAUUGGUGCAUACGAAAAAUCAUAUAAAUCAGUAACCUUCGUAACCGCGCAUAAUGGCUAUAAAUAUAUCUUUUUCGGCUGCAAUGAAGGCAAAAUUGUCUAUACCUUAGUAAAUAACCCCUCAAUCAUGUAUCACCUUGUAUGCGACAUCAAAUCUACCAUCAUGGGCAUUAUUGUUCGCCCACAAAAAGGAAAAGACGGCAGAGAUUACUAUACAAUGGUUGCUCUUACGGAGGAAAACAACGGAGAUGCCAACAAAACCAUGUUUACUAAAGACUUACAUUUCUUCCAGCUCAACAGCGAAUUUGUUAGGUUUGAAAAGGAAAUUCCAAUAAAUUGUUUGAAUGACAUCGAAUUUGGUGACAAUUUCAUGUUCACGGAUGAAAAUUAUGUCGCGGCCUACAGCAAGUAUAAGAUGUUGUUCAUUUUCCAAAUCAAUAAAAACUUUGAACAGCAAAAACCAUAUUCUAACCAAGAUUUGAUAACUAUCCAAACUGAAUUUUCAUGGUUUGCCAUUUCUAAUGACAUGAUCUUUACUUUUAACCAGAAAACCUCCGAAUCUUCGAUUUAUCAGAUUUUAUAUGGCCAAGAUUCGAAAAAGAUUGUUCAAAUGAAGGUUCCAGAGUUCCAAUCAGUCGAAUUCGAUCCAAUUGAUAAGUCAUUCUACUUAAUCAACAAAAAUAACCUUAGAAGACUCGUUAUUGACUCUUCCUUCCCAGAAAAAUCAGGACCAGUCGGUUUCUAUCAAUUCCUUUACAACACUUACAUCCAACAGAACAAAAUUGACGAAGCAAUUAUCUCUUUAAUCAAUUCAAAGAUUUCUUUCAACACAAUGGUCAAUAUGACCAAGUCAAACCCAGUACUUCUUCAUAAACUAUUCAUUUCCCUUGUAGAUUACCUCCCAGAGUCGAAUCGCAGAUUCAAAAAGUCAAUCGCUCUUCGCGCUCUUGAAAUGUACGUCAGAAUCGAGAGCAGCGGACAGCAGAAGCUCAACCCGCCGUUCUACGAAUGGGUACAGGACCAAAUGAACAAGGGAAAUCUUUCUCAAAAAGUGGUUUGCGAAGUUCUCGACGUAUACGGCUGGAACGAACCUUAUGGAGAGAUUAUCAAAGAUAAGUCGGCCUUGAUUGACCAUGAACUUAGCUUCGGAGGCGUAACUCGAGCUGCAGAAUUGUUAUCUGAAGAGAAAAAUAGCGAAAGCUUCACAAAUAACGCAAUCAGGUUGUUCAAUGUCAAGCCUAAUGAAGUUAUCAAUGCUAUAUAUACAAGUCCGAAGAUCAGCCAAAAAGAAUUUGCUCCGAUGAUUUCAUCUCCUUCUGCAAUCGAAAGAAUUUACGAGUUGAAGAACGGAAAGCUUAAAACUAGCUGGCUCCGCGCGGCAUUUGUCCUCCAAAUGGCAAAGGACGCCAAAAGAAAGAGGUUGGAAAUUGAAGAAAAAAUUAAUUCAGCGAAAGACGAUAAAACAAAAAGUGAAUUACAAGAUGAAUUAAUUAAAUUGCAAAAAGAGAAUAUUGAACUAGCAGAUGCAUUUUUCACUGAUCAGAAUCAACUUCCAACGAAGGAUGAUUGCGAUAUCGCAUACAGAGCAUUCUUCGCGGCUAACGAGCCAAGACUUGUAGCUAUUGGCCUUAAGAGUCAGAACCGCUUUGCAGAAGCUGCUGUUACUGAUCCAGAACAGGCAAUUAACAUUAUUAAUGAAGCCAAGUCCCAGUUUGAGAAGAAACGAACAACAAUUUCGGUUCUCCGUGCCAUGGAAACCAAGAAGGCCGGCGAUUUCGCUCAGAGACUUCUAAAUGUCGAAGGAGUCGGAAUUGACAGUGCGAAAUUGAUUGAUUUCUUACCAGAUUCAGUAUCAGUCAGCGAGUUAGAGAACGCUGUUGACAAAUACAUCGAAAAGAACACAAAUGCAGUUCAAGAUCAGAAGAAGAUGUUCGACGAAGCGAAAGAUGGCAUCGCAAGAGCCCAUAAACUAGUCCAAACAAGGGUAGAUCCUUUGAUAUCCAUUUCUUCAAUGGAAUCAUGCGCUUGCUGCGGAAAACUUCUUUUCACUGGCCAAGGAGUUGUUUUCCCAUGCAAACACGGAUUCCACACAGAGUGUAUCAAACAGAUGUUCCAGAAAUUGAACAUCAAAGACGUUCCAAUUACAAAGAACUGUCCUCUCUGCAGUUUCCUUUCGACAACAAUGAUUUCCAGGCCUUUCACUCCUUCUUUGGAGUCUUUGACAAGAUGGUCAACAAACCAGGAUAAGCUUAAGAUGGAAUUGAGCAACAACCGUUCAAUUCUUUCUACUCUAGGGCGUCAGUAA